ACCAGGUAUGUUACCAUGCAGUCGGUGGAAUCAGAUUACAGUGUUUUUGAGACACACAACCAUCAUCACAACAGCAUUCAACUCAGGAGGUCAAGAUCAAGAUCACCUGUUUGGCGAUAUAGAUGAUUGAAACGCAGUGUUUCAUUUGGUUGAUACACGUUUAUGAGUGUAUAGAAGACAUUUAUGUUCCGGAUAUUUACAGGUAGAUGUUCCCUUAAUCUUGAGAUGUCUUGAAAUCUGCUUGUCAUAUUGAGAGAGGAGCAUGUGUCAAAUGGAUGCAUGAUGAAGAGGAGAUUAAGAUGGGUGCUCUAAAGCCGAGCUAAGAGGACUCGGGUUGGAAGUCUCAGGCAUGAUAAUGACCCUUGCAAGAUAUUCAACGAUUCCUGGGUCCUAAUAUAUUUCUCCGUCUUGCCUAGUUUUUUAUUCAAUCUUUCCUGGUUUGUUGGUUCUAGAUGUUGUAACAUAUAUCAUUUCAUGUAAUUCAGUUUUUAUCCACCAGUUGUUCUCUGUGAUUUCAAAUUUGGCUUAUUAAAUGGCAAAACCAAAAUCAAGGUGUUUUCUGUUUUUUACUUUUAACUUUUUUAGAACUUUUUGUGCAAUUUUUCAUCUGAGGAAGAUGAGAGCCGUAUUAACCUAUGAUGAACUAAAUGAUGCACUCUGAAGCCCGCAAAAUUUUACACGAGAGCUAAAUUAAUUGUCCAAUUGGAGUAAAAGAUUUAUGGGCCUACAAUCGGAUUUUCAAGGGAGGCAAAAUUCGAUUUUUUCUUUUUUUUUUUUUGGCAAAUGGAGGUUUGACUUUCCAAUGACGCAAUACCUCACAUGUCCCAUGGGUUUUCCCCGUGUUGGCGCCGCAACCUUUGUUGUUAGUGCUUCCCUUGCGGACUUUGUUUGUUCCUCUUCCACUUCUUUGCUUACUUUUCAGUUAAAGUUUCACUCUUCCAAUUCUUGUCCUUGUUCAUACCAAACUGAUCAUUCUUUAUAAUAUCGAAAAUCAAACAAAACCCAUCAAAAACUUGCCUUCCAUUAUUCUGAAAACUUCUCUAUAAUGAAGGCGUUGCAGAUUGGAUUAUGGUCAGUUUGGGUAUCUGGGAUUCUCCUAAUUGCUCUCUCCCUUUAUGCUACGCAGAGGUUACCUCUCUCCAAGAAUCCAAUUUUCAAUCAUGGAAGCUCCAGCGACCUGGGCACUCCCAAAAUCACUAUUUUCACAGCGCCUACUCCUUUUACAGGUUCUUUAGGGACUAAACAAAGUCUAGCUAUUCUGUCAUGGCUUGCUUUAUCUCCCCAAAUCACAGUCAUUCUCUUUAGCCAACACCCUUCUGCUUCUUCUUUUGCCACUGCUUUUGGUUCCCGGGUUUUGGUCGAACCCGAUAUUGAUUUCACGUUUCUUGGGGUUCCAUUUUUUCAUUCCAUGGUGGCAAAGUCACGGGCAUUUCCGUCUGACAUAUAUGUUUUGAUGGAUACGGAAAGUAUUCUCCUGCCUGACUUUGUUUCGGCAUUAAAUUAUGCUCAUGAACUUGAUAAUGAUUGGUUCCUGUUUGCUUAUCCACGAAAUGUAUCAAAUUUCCCGUUCUAUCUGGAUGAGGAUGGGAAAUAUUGGCUAAAAGAAGAUGGUAAAAGGAUCAGAAUUCAGGAGUUGCAGGAUACACUUGGCUCAAGUUGGCAGUGGAAUUGUUGUGAAGGAAGAAUGAUGAUAGCGUGGAACAAUGGGGAGCUCCCCUUACAUCAUGGAGUGCUUCCUCCUUUCCUAUAUGGAAGAGGAGUUCACAACCACUGGCUCAUUGACGAGGCAUUGUCCAGUGGAUUAAGGUUUGUGUUUGAUGCCAGUUGGGCCAUCUCAAUAUUUGCUCUGGAUGAUUCAAGGCGUUGGUCUAAUGGUUUAGUUAAGAGCUCCAUCGUUUCUAAUAUUGAAAAGGGAAGUUGGGAAUAUGAUGGCAAUUCCCAUCUUGCAGCAUUGUAUGGAUCAUCAUCUCUUCACAAAAUUCAUUAUUCUGGAGUGAUGAAACUUUUGAAAUGUGAUGGUCAGUACCUUCUUAUUAAUACUACAGAAGAUAUCCUUCAUCCAUAUGCCUACAAAAAGAUGAGCUUAUGGAAAGGAAGCAUUGGAAAAUGUUGGAGGUCAAAGAAAACUUUGCCUUGUGUUUCUGGAACUAAAAAGUCACAGAACGGAAUGUCAGGUUGCUUUCUGAAAGAUCGAUUAGUGCCUGCAACAACUUUGAAGUUUCCCUUUUCCUUAGAGUCACUCCUUUCCAUCACUGCAGACAAGAAUAGGACAGUUGUGCUUGCAGUUGCUGGAUAUAGUUACAAGGACAUGUUAAUGAGUUGGGUCUGCAGAUUGAGGCGCCUCAGAAUUACGAACUUUUUGGUAUGUGCACUUGAUUAUGAGACCUAUCAGUUCUCCAUAAUGCAGGGCCUGCCUGUCUUCAGUGAUCCAUCAGCUCCAAGUAACAUUAGCUUUAAUGACUGCCACUUUGGAACAAAAUGCUUUCAGAGAGUAACCAAGGUGAAAUCGAGAAUGGUUUUAAAGAUACUGAAGCUAGGAUACAAUGUACUUUUGAGUGAUGUGGAUGUAUACUGGUUCAGAAAUCCAUUGCCAUUGCUUUCCUCUUUUGAUCCUGCCAUUCUUGCAGUUCAGUCUGAUGAAUACAACCAAACAGGGCCUAUAAACUUACCUAGACGCUUGAACUCUGGCUUUUACUUUGCUCGUUCUAAUGGUCCAACUAUUGCUGCUUUGGGAAAGGUAGUGAGGCACGCUGCAACUUCUGGCCUAUCUGAGCAGCCAAGUUUCUAUGACACAUUAUGUGGCAAAGGGGGUUCCACUCGUAAGGGUGAUAAUAGAUGUGUGGAACCUGAGACAAAUUUAAGCAUUCAUUUCUUGGACAGAAAUCUUUUUCCAAAUGGCGCAUACUUGGGGCUAUGGGAGAGAAAUAAUGCGACAUCAGCCUGCAAGAAGCUGGGUUGUAUUGUUCUUCAUAACAAUUGGAUUAGUGGAAGAAUGAAGAAGCUGCAGCGUCAGGUAUUAUCAGGCCUAUGGGACUAUGAUAUUAGCACAAGGAUGUGCUUGAUGUGCUCUGAGAAUAAAUUGACUAGAAAUUUUGGAACCUAGUUUGUGUCAUAUCAUCAUAACUUU